CGUGCGCGCGCGGCCGCCUCUCUGAGCUACCGGAGGCGGCUGAGAGGACAGAGAGAGGGAGGGGCAGAAACCAACGACCGCAGGAGGAGGAGAAGGGGUUGUGCUCCCGGCCUUGAGAGGAGAAAGGGGCGGGGCCGACGAGCCGCGUGUGGAGGUGCCGAGCUCUUGGGACCUGCCAGCGCGCGGGGGUUUUGGCCCUCGCCGUCCCUGUGGCCGCUGCCGUCCCUUAGUCGCCGUCGGUCUGCGGGAGACGGGUUAUGGCGGCGGCGGCAGUGGGAGCUGUGAAUGAAUUCUCCGGGCGGACGAGGGAAGAAAAAAGGCUCCGGCGGCGCCAGCAGCCCGGUGCCUCCCAGGCCUCCGCCCCCCUGCCUGGCCCCCGCCCGUCCCGCCCCCAGGCCGGCCCCUCCGCCGGAGUCGCUGCAUAAGCGGAACCUGUACUACUUCUCCUACCCGCUGUUCGUAGGCUUCGCGCUGCUGCGUUUGGUCGCCUUCCACCUGGGGCUCCUCUUCGUGUGGCUCUGCCAGCGCUUCUCCCGCGCCCUCAUGGCCGCCAAGAGGAGCUCCCCGGCUGCGCCGUCGUCGGCCUCACCACCGGCGCCGGUGCCGGGCGGGGAGGCUGAGCGCGUCCGAGCCUUCCACAAACAGGCCUUCGAGUACAUCUCUGUUGCCCUGCGCAUCGAUGAGGACGAGAAAGCAGGACAAAAGGAGCAAGCUGUGGAAUGGUAUAAGAAGGGUGUUGAAGAACUAGAAAAAGGAAUAGCUGUCACAGUUACAGGGCAAGGUGAACAGUGUGAAAGAGCUAGACGCCUUCAAGCUAAAAUGAUGACUAAUUUGGUUAUGGCCAAGGACCGUUUACAACUUCUAGAGAAGCUGCAACCAGUUUUGCAAUUUUCCAAGUCACAAACAGACGUCUAUAAUGACAGUACUAACUUGACAUGCCGCAAUGGACAUCUCCAGUCAGAAAGUGGAGCAGUUCCAAAAAGAAAAGAUCCCUUAACACACACUAGUAAUUCACUGCCUCGUUCAAAAACAGUUACGAAAGCUGGAUCCACAAGCCUUUCAGGCCAUCACAGAGCACCUAGUUGCAGUGGUUUAUCCAUGGUUUCUGGAGUGAGACAGGGACCUGGUCCUUCAACUGCCACUCAUAAGAGUACACCAAAAACAAAUCGAACAAAUAAACCUUCCACCCCUACAACUGCUGCUCGUAAAAAGAAAGACAUGAAGAAUUUUAGGAACGUGGACAGCAACCUUGCUAACCUUAUAAUGAAUGAAAUUGUGGACAAUGGAACAGCUGUUAAAUUUGAUGAUAUAGCUGGUCAAGAAUUGGCAAAACAAGCGUUGCAAGAAAUUGUCAUUCUUCCUUCUCUGAGGCCUGAGCUGUUCACAGGGCUUAGAGCUCCUGCCAGAGGAUUGUUACUCUUUGGUCCACCUGGAAAUGGGAAAACAAUGCUGGCUAAAGCAGUAGCUGCAGAAUCUAAUGCUACCUUCUUUAAUAUAAGUGCUGCAAGUUUAACUUCAAAAUAUGUGGGAGAAGGAGAGAAGUUGGUGAGAGCUCUUUUUGCUGUGGCUCGAGAACUUCAACCUUCUAUAAUUUUUAUAGAUGAAGUGGAUAGCCUUUUGUGUGAAAGAAGAGAAGGAGAACAUGAUGCGAGUAGACGUCUAAAAACCGAAUUUCUAAUAGAAUUUGAUGGUGUACAGUCUGCUGGAGAUGACAGAGUACUUGUAAUGGGUGCGACUAAUAGGCCACAAGAGCUUGAUGAGGCUGUUCUCAGGCGUUUUACCAAACGGGUAUAUGUGUCUUUGCCAAAUGAGGAGACACGACUACUUUUACUUAAAAAUCUAUUAUGUAAACAGGGAAGCCCAUUGACCCAAAAAGAACUAGCACAACUUGCUAGAAUGACUGAUGGAUACUCAGGAAGUGAUCUAACAGCUUUGGCAAAAGAUGCAGCACUGGGUCCUAUCCGAGAACUGAAACCAGAACAAGUGAAGAAUAUGUCUGCCAGUGAGAUGAGAAAUAUUCGAUUAUCUGACUUCACUGAAUCCUUGAAAAAGAUAAAACGCAGCGUGAGCCCUCAAACCUUAGAAGCAUACAUACGUUGGAACAAGGACUUUGGAGAUACCACCGUUUAAGAAAAUACCUUUGUCACCCUGCAGAAAUUGUUACUUUCCAAAAGAGAAACACCAUCUUCAAUGCAUAGUUAUCAGCUACAGAAACUCAGCCUAAGUUUACAGGACUUUUCAAAGUCUUAUGAUUAUUUGUGCAUCCCAGAAGAUGAACCAUAAAACAAAUUUAAAUAAAAUAUACAAUGCAAAUGGAAUAUUUUGUUUAAGGCUUUCUUGCCUUGAUGGUCAUGGUUAUCCCGAUGGGCACUGUAAGUUAGAGCACAACAGAAACUGAUUCUGGUCUUCUUUACCAAUAUAAUCAUAAUGUAAAUAAUAAUUUUGUGUAUAUUGUGUUGCAGACAAAAGUAUUCCAGAGACAGUAAGUAGCAGAAGACACAAGAGCUGUUGGUUGGUUGUCUUUUGACGUUUUUUUCUUAAAAUAGUAAUUUUUCCUAUUUUCCUUUCCUACUGUUGUCUUUACCAUGGAUGACUGGAAUGCCAAACACUCUAAGAUUCUUUUUCCCCUUUUCUUUUUACAAAUCGUGUGCCAAAAUAAACUUUUUUCUGUGUAAUAGUUAUAGCAAAAAGAAUUUUAAAGGCUUUUUCUUCAUAAAUAUUAACCAAUUAUUUUUUCUUCAUAGACAUUAAACAAUUAUGUUCUUUUUACUUUUUAUUUUUCCAGUACCUUUCUACCAAACAAUUUAGAAAACAAUAUGAUAGCAGCAAAACAAAUCUAGUAAAAUAGAGAAGCUUGGAAGUUUUGAGUCACUCUGUCAUACAACAUGUAGAUCAAUUCUUAUGUGACCUGCAGUAUUUUUUUCCUAAUGUGUUUAUCAGAAAUCUUUUGUAGACUGUUAACUUACUCCUAAUGGAGUUUAUGUUCUGCUAUAAUUACUCUAAUAUUUAAAAAGCCAAUUUCAACAAUUGCAAAAGUGAUCCCUGUGCAAGAGAAGGGAAGUACUGUGAACUAAGACAUUUCUAAUUUAUUGCUUAUUACUUUCUUACUGUUUACAGGAUAAUGAUAAGCCAGUGGAUCUACCAUCUUUUAUUCUUAAUAAUUAUUAAUCCCUUCAAUGAAACUUUAAAACCUUACUGAAUUUUUAUACAUUGAGUACAUUUUAUAGCUUUCUUGUGCUCACUUUGUUAACAAAAAAGUUUUAGUCUGUUAAUCUGCCUUUUGUUCCCUCAAAAUGUACAGUAAUUUCAUUUCUUGUUUGUAUAAGUAUGUCUGGAUUUUUAUUAUAAAAAUGUCGUUAGGAAGUAGAGACUCAUAUCAUGGCCUUUUAAAUAUUGUAAUAAAGGCAAAUGGAUAUUUGCCCUUAGUUUACUGGUUAAAAGUUUGUUUACAGAAAUUUUCUUUGGUGCUUUCAUGUGAAAUGUCAUAGGUGGAAAGAAUAAUUUUAUAGUAGCAACAAAGCUUUUUCAUUUAUCAAAAAUAUCUUUGGUUUUGAGAGAACAAAUUAAAGUUACAAUCUUGCCCCUAUUAGAUAAGAAUUUUAUAAUGAAGACAUACAUUCUUCUUAAUUUUACUCUUGCUGUUGUUAAAGAGCAUACAAGAUGUAUGAUUUCUUAACAUCAUAUGGAGUUUGUAGACAUAACGUAAAUCAUGUCUCUUCUAAUCAUGACUUUAGAACACCCUGGAUAAUAAAAAUGAGGGUUAGGGUUGAGAUAAAUAGGAAAAAAAAAAACAAUUUUUAAGCCAGAACCAUGCAUAUUUCUGAGGUCAUGAGUAGUAUCUUUUUAUGGUCUCAAAGAGUAAUGCAUCAGUUACAAAAUACUGAUAAUCAAAGGCGAUGAUGAAAUAAUUACAUGAUGACAAGAAUUGGGAACCUCCCAGAUUAAAACAUUUUCAAUAAAGCUCAUAAAAUUUCAUUUUGUAUUUUCAUUUAGAAAAGGAUUAAUGUUAUUGAUACUUGGAUAAUUCUUUAGUCAUAGUAAAGGUCUGUGCUUCAAGCUCAACUUUUAAAAUAUAAUCUUUAAAAUUAUCAUAAUUCUAUCUGCAAUAAUUUAAUGUAGCUCACUAUUUUAUUGGGAAAGUUUAUAAAUAACAAAGAUUUCAAAUGAUAAGAGAUGUAAAAGUCAAGUUAGUAUUGCCAUAAACAUUGAAUCAGAGAAUUAUGAAUAUCCAUCCAUUUAUACAUGUCCUGAUCAAGUCUGAAGUUGAGCUUGGGGCUAGAGACUUAUUUUCUAUGACUUACCGUGACCAAGUUUUAUUUUAAGCUGUGUUUCUUUCAUAGAAGGGCCAUGAAAAUAGGAUAAUGAUAUGUAGUAGAAGGCGUAAGGGAUUAGUUUGGUCUUUUUCAAUAAAGAUAGAAGUUGCUGAGGUUUUCUGAAUUAAUAUUAGACGUAGAUUGUAAACUUCUAGAUUUUGCAAUGAGCUCUGAGUCAUAUUACUUCCUAAAAGGUAAUGCUUAAACAUUAAAUUUUAGUGUGCUCUUCAUGUUAAUAUGGCAGAGUUUUAUAAACUAAAACUUAUUGAUGUACUGAACUCUAAGCGAAGGGAAAGAAUCAAAUUAUCUUUCAAGAUAUCUUAAGGGUAAAAGCUUAUUCUAAGACAGUUUGCCCAUUGAGGUUAUCAGAUUUCUGACUUGCAAAUAUGUUUUGUGCUUGGGAGGAAUUGGAGAAAAAGCAGAUGCUAGAAUUCUAAUUUAAGUAAAUAUACAGCAGUCUUUGUUUAUAAUGUAAAAUUCUUUAUAUUUUGUACAAAAACUAAUUCUUUUGGUAGAACGAAUCAUUUACAGUUUUUGGACUCUGAGUCAAAGGAUUUUCCUUUAAAUGCUUGUCUCAAUUUUAAUCUGGUCUUUUGUACUUUUCUUCAGAAGAAAUGAACUAAAAGGUUUAGUUGCAUAAAGUGGGUUUUAUCCUAAUGGAU